GGUCCAGUAGUUAAUUAUUUAACUGAACAGAUGAUAGAUUAUGUGCGUGCGUCUAUCCAACACUUCCUCAAGUCUGUUGUCGGACCUGGGAUCGGUCGGUCACUUGGACCUUGGAAUGUUUCCGACAUGAGACUUGGUGAGCCCGGGCUCCGAAUCAUCGGGUCAAGAUGAGACUUUUGGUUCUUCUGUUCCUCCUGGAGAUCCACGCUGCUGCUGCAGCGCCACAUUCACUCAGGUAUUUUUACACUGCAUCAUCUGGAGUUCCAGACUUCCCUGAGUUCGUGGCUGUUGGUUUGGUGGACGACGUUCAGAUCCUUCACUACGACAGCUACAGCAGGAGAUCUGAACUCAGACAGGACUGGAUGAAGCAAGUCAUCGCUGAUCAGCCAAGUUAUUUAGAGAGAGAGACACAGAACUUCUUUGGUUCACAGCAGGAAUUUAAGAACACUAUUGGUGUUGUGAAACAACGAUUCAACCAAACUGGAGGGGUUCACACGUAUCAGAGGAUGUUCGGCUGUGAGUGGGACGAUGAGACUGAAGAGGUCAGAGGUUAUCGCCAGGAUGCUUAUGAUGGAGAAGACUUCAUCGCGUUCGACCUGAAGACUCUGACAUGGAUCGCUGCAACACCACAGGCUGUCAUCACCAAACAGGAGUGGGACAGUUAUGAGGGUAGAAACAAAUAUUGGCAGCACUACCACACCCAGGAGUGUCCUGAGUGGCUGAAGAAGUAUCUGAACUACGGCAAGAGCCGCCUGCUGAGAACAGAGCUUCCAAGAGUGGCUCUCCUCCAGAAGAAGCCCACCUCUCCAAUCAUCUGCCACGCCACAGGUUUCUACCCCGCAGCAGCCGUGUUGUUCUGGACCAAAGACGGAGAGGAGCUUCACGAAGACGUGGACAUGGGAGAGGUUCUUCCCAACCCUGACGGAACCUUCCAGAUGACGGCCGAGCUCAGACUGUCGAACACGUCUGUGGACUGGGGGAGGUACAGCUGUGUGUUCCAGCUGGCUGGUGUGAUGGAGGACAUGGUGACCCCCCUGAGGAAAGAAGACAUCUGGACCAACAGAGAGCCCGACCUGAACCUGGGGCUCAUCGUCGGAGCUGUGGUGGCAGCUGUGGUUGCACUUGGUCUGAUGGUUGCUGGAUUCUUCGUCUACAGAAGAAGAACUGCCAAAGCUCCUCCAUCUUACAACAACGCCUCUGAGGAGGAUCUGCCUCUGAAGCCGGAGACACGCCCUCCUGCUCCAGCCAACAACACCCCUGAGGAGAAUCUUCCACUGAAGCUGGAGACACGCCCUCCUGCUCCAGCCAACAACACCUCUGAGGAGAAUCUUCCACUGAAACUGGAGACACGCCCUCCUGCUCCAGCCAAAAUCUCUGAGGCGGAUCUGCGACUGAUGCCACUCAGAUUCUGGCACCCAACUGAUGAAUCAUGGAACGACGCCAUUCGCAAACCAAGAUGUCCUCGGCACCGUUAUACACACCGACUGCAAUAUUGUACAUGCAAUCAUGAGUAGAUGUUCAAUAAAGCGCAGCUUGAUGUGGAAAAAGAAAGCGAAAAAAAAAAAUCCCAUUGUCGACCCCUUUACUCCCCCUGUAUGGUCGACACAUCAGGAAGCUCUCAGCAGAAGUCAGUACAGAGCUGGAGGUCAGGCUGUGUGAGAUCGUUCCUGUACUCAACUGCCAUCACAAUGAUACACUGCAUCAUGGGGAAUGCACUUUCUGAGACAUUUUAAGACAUUUGAGUUGAGAAAAUGGAACCAGUUAAUGUACGAACAAAAGAAAAUGAGAUCAAGACACAAUCCGAGUGAAUUUAAGACUGAAAGAAUGAAAUCAAAGAACCUCAAAUGUAGCAUUGGAAAUUACUGACAGACGGAUCUUUUCUGUACUCAUAAAUACGACAUGACACAUGGUGACCCCUGAGACACGGUGGGCAAGUAUUAGGGCCCAAAAAAACAACAACGGGUUCAAUGCUCCUCUGAGUCAUGACAGAUAACGUGUGGGAAACACAGGAGUCUAGUUACCGUGAGGUUCAGGUCCUGUUCCCAAGCCUCUUUGAUCUGUCCAAGUGGAGCUUGUCUCAUAGCAAUUAGCUUAUUAGAAAGUAACGAUUAGCUUAGCAUCACCAAAGCAUCAACAUAGCUCUUAACUUAGCUUAAUGAUUAGAGUUAGCACUAGCGAUUAGCAUUAGCAUGAAAUACAGCAAUGAAUAAACAUUUAGUUUGAACCAACUUAAAAUCCCACUUUAGCAGUAGCAUGCUAUCAAGCAUGGCACCAGAGUCACGAAGCAAUAUUCUGUUUAAGGUACAUUAUUUUCUUGGCGAUUCAAAUUUUCAGGGGGCGGGGCUACCUGGCGUUUCCUCCGACAAAUGCUGACAUCUGAUACAUUUAUUUUCAAUAGGUUUCCAGUUUAGAAUAGUUUAGAAUCACAGAAAGAAGAAAGCUAUCAGUAAAAGUUUGACUGAAAAUGUAGAGAGUUGUUCAAAACUGCUGUCAUUCAUGAAAGACCAUUGAGUUUCUGUGGCAGGUGGAGGUGUGUUUUUCACUGUGUUCUGCUCCAGUUGAACCCACAUGGGACGUUCUGUUAUUGAAGUACGACCAAUGUGUGAUACACCGUAAAGUAGCAGCCCAAUAGCAAGAGUGGAAGUGGGGUAAACCCAUGACCCCCAUUAGUUUCGACUUUAGAAGGUGGAGUGUAGCAAGUCUGGGUGCUUCACUCCUCCAUAUGUUGGAUGAAACAACAGAGUCUAACACGUCAACAAAUGUUUGGCUUUAAACACUGUCAUGGCUUGAAAAAGAUGGAUACAUGUGAAUUUUUAUUGAAUCACUUUGGCCUGUUCAGCUUAAAUUUAUCAUGGUUUCAAUAGUUUUAGCAUGUUGUGUUUCCUGGUGACAGUAAUGCCGAGAUGAGGAACUGAAGUCAAAACUGUCUUUGCUCACCAUAAGUCGGGAUUACUUCACUAUUGUGCAA